CAAACCCUACCCCACAUCCACAUCCAGAUGAGCCACCAGGCCGGCGGCGACGAGAUGGCCCUCCGCCGCCGCCACCCGUCGACGGCCGCGCCGCUGGAAGACGAGGACCUCCUCGGGGAGAUCCUCCUCCGCGUCCUCCCCCCGAUGCCCUCCUCGCUCCCCCGCGCCUCCCUCGUCUCCAAGCUAUGGGGAGGCGUCGCCGCCGCCCCCUCCUUCCGCCGCCGCUUCGUCGCCCACCACCGGAGACCCCCGGUCCUCGGCUUCUUCGAGAAGCGCGACGGGAAGCUGGUCUUCACACCCAUCCUCGACCCCCCCGACCGCAUCCCUCGCGCGCGCUUCUCCCUGCGGCCCGGCGGCGACGGCGACGAUUUUUGUGGCCCGUUCAAUUCCUGGGUUCUGCUCGGGUGCCGCCACGGCUGGGUCCUUAUCGUCAUCCGGUUUCGGCCUAUGCUCCUCGUGUUUCAUCCUGUCUCCGGUGACUGCCGCAGCGUGGACAUUCCGUCAGAUUUCUUACAGUGCGUGCGCGACUUCAGCGGAGCCGUGCUCUGCGCUGCGGGCGACGACCAGGGCCACGUGCACGGAGACUGCCACUCGUGCCCCUUCAAGGUUGUCUUGGUAGGCACCAGACAGAAACAAGAUCUAACCGUCGCCUGGGUUUACUCCUCAGAGACCGGCAUGUGGGGAGAUCAAGUUUCGACGACGCAACCAUGUGCCGGUUUGGUCUACCAUCUCCCCGAUAUGGUUAACCGUCUCCCCUGCACGCUUGUGGGCAAUGUCCUCUACUGGUUGUUGCAUGGGUCGGACAAUGGCAUACUCGAGUUUGAUUUGGAUAGCCAGAGACUAGCUGUGAUAGAGAGGCCUUCAAGUGCGGGCAUCAACCGCGGCAACAGUCGGAUAAUCAGGUUAGAGGAUGGCAAUGUUGGCCUCGCUGUAUUUUUGUAUCCGAGCUUCAAUAUGUGGAAACGCAAGGUCAGUAGUCAGGGUGUUGCUUCAUGGGUGCGGCACAAGAUUAUUGACAUUCACAAGAUCAUUGGUCUGCCACGUCGGAUUAAGACAGGGAAGGGAGCUAUAGUGGGGUACUCCGAGGAUGCUAACGCGGUUUUUAUAUCGGUGUCUGGCUAUUUACAAUACUAUGCCUUCAUUGUUCAACUUGAGUCCAUGCAGUCCAGGAAACUUAAUCAAAUAUUACUCGAGAAUUCCUACCAUCUGUUCGCAGAUUUCUAUACUGCAGGUACAGUUCCAGCCGUUCAGCCAACACAGCAGCAAAGUACUGUUCCAGCAAUUGAGCCACCACAGCUGUAUGGUGGUCGCAUGAUUCAGUUGAUCAGUAGGAUUUUCGUCUGCACCAGGUAUACAAUUUUUAAAUUGCUUCCUUUGUAUAUUCAGCUGAGCAUACUUUGUAUCACCAUGAAUCAUAUGAUAACUUCAUCAAUUGCAGAGUCAUAGUUAAUGUUUUUAUAUGAUUUUUACAUUGGACUCAUACAUGAAGACUAGAGAAAAUGAAAAGUAAAUAGUUUCUAAGUAAAAUACUCCCAGUAUAUUUGAUUCACAUGGCCAGCUGCUCCAAAUUGCGUCUAACUAGUUAUCUCAGUGCUUCCAAAAUUCAUGUGUCAUUUUCAUUUGGAUUUGGUUCUCUUAUCAGCAUUUGGUGGUUUUCCCUUCUCAUAUCUGACUGUAAUGUGGUGUAAGAACUGGUUAUAUUCCGUUGAGCAAUUAAUGGAAAGGUGUGAAGGCCCGGUUGGGAGAAAAAUCAGCACUUGGUUGUAUGACUUGAAUAGGAGAACAGUGGGCAGGUAAGCAGUACGUAGUAAGAAAAAGGGCAUGCUAAUUUAGUUUUCGUUAGUUUUCACUGUUAUUACCAUCUGUUUGCAGCUUCCUAAAAAUGAGUGGUGUCAUGAUCAUUUGACAGAAUGAAGAAAAUAAAGGAACAUAGGCCGAUAGGAAUGGAACUUGUGAGUUAGUAGUACCUUGCUUUAAGCGAAAACGUUAAUUUUCCUGUUUGUACGGCAGCAAUACAUAUCAGUAAAAGCAAAAGAAUGUUUAUGAAGCAGUUUUCGACGUGGUAACAGAUUAUCAGUAAAACCAAAGCAUGCCAUAGCUAUACACUGAAUUUUUUUUGAAUCAUAACUUUGCUUCUAUAUCAGAUGCAUAGUGUUCUCCAAAAUAUGUAUGUGCUCCCAUAUUGGUAUUUUUUUACGAGGUGAGAUCUUAUGCUCUGUUGUACCAAUCAACCAGUUCGUUAUUUUUGCUACAUGUAUUAUAAUUAUGGAUGUUAUAAAAUUGGUACUUUCCAUUUGCGGCAGUUUCCUUGAUUCGGUAGUUGCAUUGUGUGCAUCAGUACGUUGCUCGAUGGAUUAGUUCUCCAGCUCAUAUCAGUAGUGUAGGCCACCAUUUAGCUUUUGGAUCCAGAAGUUGGAGAAGUUGGUGAAGUUGCAGCUUCUUAGGGUGUGUUUGGUUCAGAACGAAGUGUAAUGGAAUGUCGUCGUUCCAGUCCACUAGAAUUGGUCGGUUCUGUCCUUGUGUUUGGUAGGGGCAACUCAAAAUGGAAUGGUUACAUUUUGGUGUUUGGUUUUAGAGACGGAAUAAAAUGGAUACGUUCAUCUCACCUUCAGUUAGAUUCGUUUUCAGUCAAACAAAAAUCGCGGAAUAAAGUGGUCAUCCAUCCAUCAUGCAACAAAGGCAUAUAAACGUUGAAUUGGAUUUCAGAACAUGAGUGUUAGCAUAGAUUCAUGAACCGAAGGCUUGACCGCUUGAGCACUCUCUGCCAAAAACAAAUCACAGAGAAAAACAAAAAAUGAAAAGAUUGGGACUCAAGCACAAGAUGAAUAGCAGCCACCCAAAUACCAAAGUUUGGAUCUGAUUGCUACAAGAAAAAGGUGCUUCUUUUCUGAUUUCACUCCUGGCGGGGCGUGCUCAGGGGAUGCCAACAGCCGGCGCUUGGAGCGGCUGCUCCAGCAAGCGUGGUGGCUUGGUGCUUCCCGGCGUGUUGCGCGAGCACGGCGACAGCAUGGCCUCCCCGGCCUUGCUCGUAUCAUCUUCCUUGGCCUCCGCCGGCUCGACACAACUGGUGCACGGAGUGCGGAUGUGGUGCCCGAGUCUGCUAUGUACUGGUGGCGGUAUCCUCCACCGGCGACGAACGCCCGCCUCAC